GGAAGAUGAAGCUGGUGAAGUUGCUGCUACAGAACGACCGCAUUAGAGCGCUGGCGCUGAAGUUUUACGAGCCGGACUGCUUGGAAGACGAAUUGCUGCAAUGUGCAGAAACGAUUACUCUCGCACUAUACAAAGACAAAGAACAGUCUUCUUCUCUCAGGAAUUUCAGAUAAAAUUUGUUUUCUACAAACUUAACAAAGGCAAAAAAGGAAACGUCCCUAGAAUGUCUCCCACCAACAUCUCCUGCCUUGCUUCAGCACUGCAAACGAGUGUACUAUCAAAUCCAGGUGUGGCUUCAGCAUAGAUUGGAUCCCUGCUUGUGGGGAUGGACAAGACAGGGUAAUAUUCUCAUUCCGAACAUGUCUGAAGCAGAUCCCGCACCAAAAGAAGUGUUACAAGAGGUUUCCUGUGGAUGCCAAGGGCCCUGCAAAUCGAAGCGAUGUAACUGUCGUAAAGCCGGACUAAAGAAGAAGAAAGAGAUGGACUGGCUACAGAACACCAUGACAGCGAAACUCCGACGACUACUAAUGCAUGUGAGGAGGAAAGUGGACAAACUACCGUAGAACCCGAUAAUGAUGACUAAACAGAAGAUGAUGAGACCUCAUCAAGCGGCCAAGAUGCAAUGACCGAUGAAGAGGAAAUUAACGAAGGUGACG